AUGCUCGUCGUCGGCGGCGGCGGCGCGCUGCUCCGGGAAGGCAUCGAGGCGACGUCGGCGAAGCUGCGCGUGCUUCCGCGCGGGAGCCGCGUGCGGCGCCUCGAGGCCGCCGAGGACGCCCGCGGCAAGCGGCGCCUGCGCGUCGCCGCCGACGGCGCCGACGGCUGGCUGUCGGAGGCGCUCGUGGAGGCGGAGCCCGCCGCGGACGACGGCUGGCCCGAGGUCGCGGCGGCGCCGCCGUGGGCGCCCGGCGACUCGCUCGCGCCGUUUCUGACGACGCCCGUCGCGUUCCUCGACGAGGCGCUGGCGGACGUCGCCGGCGUCGGGCCGGCGGACGUCGUCGUGGAUCUGGGCUGCGGCGACGGCCGCAUCCCGGUCUGGGCCCGGCGCCACGGCGCGCGGCGGUGCGGCGGCGUCGAGCUCGACGGGGCGCUCGUCGACGUCGCCCGGGCGAACGUCGCCGCGCGGCGGCUCGCGGACGUCGUCGACAUCGUCCACGGCGACCUGGCGGCGGACGACGAUCCGCAGGUGGCCGCGCUGCUGGAGGCCGCGACGCUCCUGACGGUGUUCCUGCUGCCCGAGGCCGAGCCCGCCGUCGAGCCGAUCGUGCGGCGCCACGUCGCGCGGGGCGGCCGCGCGCUCUUCCUCGGCUGGCUGCCGCGCGGCUACGAGAGCGACGUGUGUCGGACGCUCGGCGCGGACACGGGCCGCGGCCUCGACGCGUACCUCGUCGCCGCGCUCCCGGCGGGCGGCGCCGGCGCGGCGCCGAGCCUCCGCCUCCUCCACAGCCCCGAGGAGCGCUCCGAGUUCGGCGGCGACGGGUUCUGCCGGAGGCAGAGGGGGGCGUAA